GAGUUCCCUAAGCAUUUGGAACUAGAUUUAUGUGUGGAUUAUACGUUCAUGGAACCAUAUAGUAAUGGGAUAUGGAGAUGUCCCUGUUCGGAUACUUACCCUGGCCGCUAUGGGAUUUAUCAUAGAAGUCGUCAUUGAUGCUAAGGCUGUGGAGGCUAAUGUGUCCGGCUACUUCGCCGUCGUACACCCCGGUACGUGCCCGUCCUCCUGUAGUCCAAAGAACGUCAUUGAACCGGAUAUAAUGUGGGACGCUUUCCCUUGCCCACCUCCAUGGAAACGGGAACUAUUCUUGCAGCUAAACUGGACCCGAUUAUCUGAGCCGGCGGAUCGACAACGAGUCAGGGAUAGGGUGGCGAAACGGUGUAAUAUAAACUUGAAGGAACUACAGAAUGCAGUGUUAGAGAGCUCUGGACAGUCCCUCAUAUUCAUCGACUGUGACGCCAACUGUUUCAUUCCAAUCCUCGCCACUAUCACGUGUGUCGUGUUCUUGUUUGUUGCACUAGUUGCAUUCUUCAUCAAAAGACAACACCGAGCGAGGUUGAAGAGUUCUGAAUUUCCGUCUGAAAGUACGACUCCACAUGCGGUCGCGAGACAGGAAAAUCACCUGUACAUGAGGUCCCCGGAUGGAUCAGGAGAAAUGAUACCCCGACCCACAGAGUCCGUCCUAGCUGAUGCUGGUGUUGAAAUCCGACUAUUAGACAGCCAGCCCGAAGAAAAACAUUUCAUUAUUCCAAAAGGCUACGACCGAUUCUAUGGGUCUCAAAAGGGAGGUAAAUACCACUACAAACGAGGGAGGUUGGACACGCCCCUUCCGAUGGAACCGUCGGAGGACACAUCCGCUACGUACAGUGGGACGGACACCAAUCAUACCGAUCACACGUACGAAUCCGUCCGCGGAAGUAUAUAUAGUGGCUCACUUAGGUUAUCUGGUUCACAAACCGGAAGCUGUGAGCAAAAAGGUCACCCAGCCGUGUUAGAUUUUUGGACUCAAAAUAUCCCGCCUGACCCGACGAUGUUCAAGUGUGGAUGUCCAAAGUAUGGUACCCAGUAUGCGAGUGUGUCCCAGGGCAAUAACAGUGUGUAUUACGACAGUGACAAUUACUCUAGUCAUCCCUACGAUAAAAUAGACCAGAACGUUUACCCUUACAAUUACUAUGGGGACAGGCGAAAAAUUGUCAGUGACACAGAAACUACAGACAAUCCUCUCACAACGAAAUGGAAACGUAAACAAUUCGCCAAAAAAAGGCGAUUAACCGAACCACACAUGAGACCAGAUGUGGAGCCAUCCCCUAAAACACGAGGACAGAAAAGUAAUUCACAUGACUUCGAUAAUAUACCUGGUUUGGGACCCUGCCAGUGUGAGCAAUGUCGGUUAGGGGAGUAUCAACGUGAGUUAAUGGCAAGACAGGAGGAAGGCAAUAUAUAUCAGUCAAUAGAAAAUGAUUUACGAAACUCCGGCUAUAUAUACGGUGCACCAGAUUAUGAUUCCGGAUGUAACUGUCAGAUGCCAGAAGUAGACCAAUAUAGGGAUCCAUACUGGGUGCAGCCCCCCAAUCCUGUACAACAACGUGUGUGCAAUGUAUGUGUGAAUCCGGACCAACAAAGUAUGUAUCGGGUAGGCGAUAGAGGAUUGACCCCGAUGGUGUCUGCGCCGCGGUCCGUUCAUAGUGAAGGUCAUUCCGGAAUAGAUAGAAAUUCAUACAUGUCCCCUGAACUUUAUAACCUAACUCAGUUUGAUGACAAUAGUCCUGACCACAGAAAAACGCGCCGAAAUAAGUCUGUGACAAAUCUGACGUCACCGGGUGCUUCCAAGUCUGGGACGGCCUUCUCAGACUCGUGUUCCACAACAGAACGUCCUCAACGCACGAGAAGAAUUCCUAAAACCAAUGGGUCACUGUAUAAAUCAAAAUUGAUGAAUAGGUGAUGACGACUUGAGUAUGAUCUUAAUAGCAGUAUUAUUUUUCCAUCUUUUACCCUUGUGCUCAAAUUAGACCAGUUAUCUACCCCUGCUUUAGGACAGUUGUCUAUGGAAGCCGACAGGGGCUGUCAAUGUCAUUCACAUGUCAGACAGCGCAUGCGGACUUCCAUAUUUUUGUAAGUUGGGGUCGAUGCCUAGUGCCUACAGUCUUGCCAAUGCAUAAGCAUUAUAAAAAAUUGGAGUUUUUUUGUCUUUUUUUAUUUAUACGAGCUUGGCCAAGCUCCUUUGUGAUAUUUCCCAGGGUUAAUACUUUUUAAUCUUAUCUUUAUAAGACAUAUUUGUAAUUUGUAUUUAAAAUACCAAGAAGUGAGGAAUAUAGUCAAACCACGUGUUCCCGGCAACUUUAUUUGAAGACAAACACAUGUUCACUGAGCCUAAAUCGCUUCCUUUGUGUUUUUAUAUGGUUGCGGUGAUAUCUGUGGUUUGAUCAUGUGACCUACACACUUGGUAAUGACUGUUAAAUUCAUUCAUAUUUAAUAUGUCUCAUAACUUGUUUUUGUUAUACGACAUACAUAAUUAGAAAUUUAGAAUUAAAUAGAAAUAAUUUGAAACUAGUUUCAUUCUGCAAUAUCUCAAUACAAUUAUGUCUUUUUCAAAUCAAUUAUAUUGCAACCUUGUUUUGAUUUGUGUUAAAGCGACAGCAGCUUGCUUAUUUAAGAUCAGAACAGAUUUUAUGACUAUGAACGGGGUUUUUUUCAAAAAGAACUAGUGAGAUGUAUCUAAUUGGAAUCCGAUAGCCUUGAAGCAAUUUUGGUUUUCAAUAAAUCUGAGUAACCAUGGAACCACGCGUGCUAUGUUCUCUUGAAUAACGGUUUCCUAAUGACGAACUUUCUGAACCGUGAUGAAAUGGAGUUGUAUUCCUGGUUCACAUUAAAUGUGGAAAGUUUUAGCAUUUGGUAUUAUGGAACUUAUUAUUCAUAAUGAAUCUUGAUAUAUUGAUGCAUACGUAUUGUUUGAUGUGAUGAUUUUACAGACUGGUCUAACUCUUCCCAGAGUGUGUUUUAAUGUUCUAUUCCAUAUCAAGAAUGAAUAUAAAGGACUCCCGUAUGGGUAUUGGUGUGUUUAUCGAUUACAGUGAGAAUGACAUAUGAAGGCACAUUUUAAAUAUAUGAUAUCUUCUUAAUUGUUAUAAAAUCAGACAUAAUAUGUAAGUCUUUGGACUCGAAAUGGUCACCCCAUUAUGAAUAUUUCUUGUUUUAUUUAAUUCAAUUGACGCUUACAUUUUUCGCUUUCUGCAAUAUCUAAUGAUACAAAAGAGACAUCCGCUCAUGAUUGUGACAAUGAUACCUUUUUGAGGUCAUGAUAGUGACUGGCUUUUCAUUGUGUUGAAUGUUUUUAGGAUGAUGAAAAUUUCAUUAAAUAAUUUACAAAAUAAAUAUACUGUUGUACAAAGAAAAUGAAUAAGACGUGAAAAAGUAACAAGUAAGUACAUUUGCUUUAUCAACACGAACUGGUGACCGGCUACGAGAUGUAUAAGGGAUACUACCAGUCUACAGACGCUUCAGAAAAUGAAUAAUUAAUUAAACAUCAUUAAUUAUACCAUUAAGAUAAUGAAAUUGAUAAAUAUGAAUUCUGAUAUUUAUAGAAGAUCGUUGACGCGUCGAAGGUGUAUUCUCUAAAUGCAAGUUAUAUUCGAUACUUCAGCUUAAAGGUCUCACGUUGAUUUUGAAGGUAUGUUGUUACUAAGGUAAAUUCACGAGACAUCUGGUGCUACUGUAUUACAUUUCACAUGGUAUGUAUGUACUGUAUUUCAUGUACAGUAACAGGGUAUGUUUGAUAUAUCGACAUGUAUGGAAUUAACAUGUGUGUGUUCUAGUAAGCUUUAUUUUAAAACAUACUCCACAAGAUCACUUUUUUUCGAGAUACGCCUUGAAAUAAUCGAAUGUGAAUUUUGACACAUUUAUCAACAGGCUUUAAAUUUAAUAUAUCGUUCUUUUUCUUUCAAUUCACUUUGUUGAGUGACAACUAUAUUGUUAGUCUCACUGUAAUAUUUGAUGAUUCAUGCUGAAUGUGUAUCAGUUGUUAUAUAUACUUUGAUUAUGGGUUUGCAUUAAAUUCUAGUCUCAAAUCAUAAAUAAGAUUCUUAUUUUUGAAUCUAGUCAUUUUUAGAAACUCCAUUUAUAAGACAAUCAAGUCUAAGGUACACAACCCGUUAUAGAGAGGAUCUUGUUGAGAUGGUAUUUUCUUACAACAGUAUUGCUAAUCUGUAGGCUCCAAAUUAGAACCCCACAACAAACAUGUCAAUGUGCAUUGGGUUUUAGAAAAACAAUCGAGAUUUGUAUCAAACAGUCACACCGUUGAGAACAUUCCAGACUUAGAGAACAAUAUAAUGUAUACCAUAUUCAGUAGAAUACUUAAUAACAUAUUGCGAUAUCUAAGGUUUCCAUAUUUGCAGAAUUCCCAGACAUUCUUCUACAAAAAGAUAAUUAAAACAGUUCUGAUAAAAUGUAAUUAUUAUGACCUCUUUUGAUGGAAAUCCUACAGUUGCAUGUCUCAAUAAAUAUACACCAAUUUCUAAAUAAAAUAGGUGUGCCCUUAAAAGGAUUUUGUUUAAUAUGAAGGGUAAAACAAUUUUCUAUCAUUAAAUUCAUGGUUGUAUGUAAUACAGUUAUAUAAAUGAGUUUACAUUUGUAUUCUAAACAAUGCUGAUGUUUUUUAAUUCGUUUGACCCAGAAACAAAAACCCAAUAACAAAAUAAUCAAAGUGAAGAGAGUAUGUCCCUCGGCCAAAGAAACUGUCAAAUAGGUGUUUAACACAAGAACAAAGACAUGGCUAUGGAGACUUAUAGGUUUUAGUGGGUGUAUUGCAUUUUUUUUAAAAACAUUACGCAAUACCCCUGUGAAUAACGAGUAGAUUUGUUGAUUCCACUGUUUACGGACAUUCGUCGGUAGUACCAAGAACUGCAGCUUUUAAUCACAAUAUAUAAAACAUCAAAGUAUUCAACCUUCCAAUAAAAAGAUUGAGGGGUUUUUUUUCAUUCAAAUUGCAUUUAUCUUUUUGUAUCUGUCAUAUUCUGAAUCAGACGAUAUACCUUUCAUACCUUUUUUCGAAUUAUUUUCGGCCAACUACAGCUAUAUCUUAUACCAUAUGCCAGAAAAUUGCAUCAAGAUCGUUUACAAAUCACUUUUCGUUUUCUCUCUACAUGAAAUUUAAUGAGACAAAAAUGCUUUCCAACAGUCGA